AUGAGCUCGACAGUAAUCACCAAGGAGUUCAACAGAUAUGUCAGCAAUCACAUACCGAUACGUCUCAUCGAGUGUCGCUCUAGCGGAGAUCCCAGGCUUGUCGGGCGGUACAUGGUCAAGGACCACUUUCAACCGCUCAUUGACCAGCUUGCGUUUGAUAAAGAACACCUUGAGUCAUAUCGAACUCAGAGACAGCGUCAAGCCGCAGUAAACGAGUUGGUGCGAGGCGUGGUCAAGUACGCUGUGCUCUCUCACAGGUGGUCCGCAGAAGAAGUCUCGCUGCAAGACUUCGGGAAAGAAGCAUGCCGAUUGACAACUGGGUGGAAGAAGAUUGUCGAGUUCUGUCAUGAGGUCGCUCGUCAGGGCAUCCGCUUUGCGUGGAUCGACACUUGUUGCAUCGACAAGACCAGUAGCGUUGAGCUAGACGAAUCUAUUCGAUCGAUGUUCAGGUGGUAUCGCAACUCGACCGUCUGCAUCGUUCACCUUGCUCAGACCGAGUCGCUUGUGGAGUUACCGCAGGACGAGUGGUUUAGCAGAGGAUGGACGCUGCAGGAGUUUCUAGCCCCACGCAGGAUACAGUUCUUCGGCAGGAACUGGAGGCGACUUUCCAAGGUUGCUGACUCCGCCGACGACAAACAGACCGACCCUGACCUCUUGCAUCUAGCUUGCUCAGCCGCAGGGAUUUCAACGCAGGAUUUGUGCGGCUUUGUCCCGUCCCCUACAAGUGUCGAUCGGCGUAUGUCCUGGGCAGCACGCCGGGAAGUUACCAGAGAAGAAGAUAUGGCUUACUCUUUGAUGGGAAUCUUCGGCGUAUCUUUCUCAAUCGCCUACGGAGAGGGCGCCGACCAGGCUUUCUGUCGCCUUGUCGAGGCUAUCAUGAUGAUGGGAGGUAACCCAUCGGUUCUCAACUGGGGCGGCACCGCGGCGGCUCACCAUGCUACGUACUGCCUUCCUGCCUCGCCUCAAAAUUACCUGCGCGCACCCGAUGACUUCGACAAUCUCGACUCGAGCGAUCCGGGCUGUCUUGACAUGGCGCUCACGAGCAAAGGUCUUCGUGUUCCUCUCGCCAUCGUCCAUCUAUCAACUCUCUCCUUCGAUCGAACACAAGGCGUCGUUCAAUUCGCAUUCGAGGCGGUCGAUAUUCGCAAAGUUGUCGGUCCAAUUGUCUUAACGAUCCAAGACUAUGAACUCUUCGAUCGGCUUUCUCAGCCUGGGACCAUUCAAAAAUCAGACUUGCGAUACACCUAUGCCUUGGGCGUUACGUCCUACAAGACUUACUUGAAAGGAGACACCCCUACCAUCGCUUCCCCUAUUAGAGGGUUUUUGCUUGAGGGACGUGCCUGCAACCUGUCCUUCGUUACGGCGACAACCACUCCAUUCGUGUCUCUUCCUCGUUUAGCUUCGCAUCUCCACCUCCCACCUCCCCUCUCAGCGGUCUCUCGAACCGAAAGGGCGCAGGGUGAGGUAUGCAUCGGGAGCAGCAACACCGUCACAGAGCCCACAUCGGUCACCUUCGAACCCAACGCCGUCACCGAUGAAGUCACCGAGACCAGCCAGAUGCUCAUUGAGAGUCUCCCUAACCUCCCUGGCUCCCUGGUCCCCCCCAAGCGCCAUCUCCAACCCCGCAACUCCGCAAGCCCUCAGCUUUUGCUCACCUCCCUCCAAGGCGCGUUGAGCCAGUGCAUCUCGCACUUCUUGCCACGACCGAUCGCAGCAUGUGGUGAACCCAUCUUUCAGUCCGAAGCGCAGCAGGACGCGGGCGAGGAGACCGACGACAUCCACGCGCGCACGAGCAGCAACCCGUCUGGUAUUCCUCUUUUACCUCACUGGCUGCUUGACGCGAUUAAGGACCUUGGUCCACUUCCCGUCGCGGCAAGUCACUCCGCUCGCACUUGA